AAAAAAAACAACAACGUUUUACGUGCGUGAAAAUUGGUUAAGUUUUAAUGAAAAAAACUUAGUUAACUUAUUUUUUGACAGUCAUUAAGCAAUCCAUAUGCUGUGGAGGAGUGUGGGGCUAAGGGCUUUAAUCAGAAGAACAGUCCAAAAACGUCCGGAAACGUGAAGUUUGAGAAAGUGAAAACGGGGUUGUGCUGUGUGUGUGGAAAACGGAACAAAACGGUGCCAAAAACGCAAGGAAAAGCUGCGAAAGCGGUGCACAGCGGGUUGAUAAAGCAGCAGGUUUAGACAAAAACGGCAACCAAAAAUAUAGCCAAAUAAUCAGUGCUUUUAACCGAUUUGUUGGGGAAACAAUAACCAACAUCCAGUAACCUACCCACACAAACAUAUUGUGUACAUAAUAUAUACAUACAUAUAUACGUAUAUUUUGCGUAGUGCGGCGCUUGUAAAGCUGUUUCCCAUCCCCAUAUCAUCACCGCCAUUCAUUGCAAACACACUCCGGAAUCCACGCCACCUCCACACCGUACCACAUGUCCUACAUGAUGGCCAAAACGCUGGAGGAGCAGAGCCUGCGGGAGUGCGAACACUACAUCCAGACCCAUGGGAUCCAGCGAGUCCUCAAGGACUGCAUCGUCCAGCUGUGCGUCUGUCGACCCGAGAAUCCCGUGCAGUUCCUGCGACAGUACUUCCAGAAACUCGAGAGGGAACAAGUCAAACUGGAUGCCAGUAGACAGGUAAUCAGCCCCGACGACUGCGAAGAUCUCAGCCCGAUGCCACAGACAGCAGCUCCACCGGUUCGCAGGCGAGGUGGAAUCUCCGCCGAACCCGUAACCGAAGAGGAUGCCACCAACUAUGUUAAGAAGGUGGUACCCAAGGACUACAAAACGAUGAAUGCCCUGUCCAAGGCGAUUGCCAAGAACGUCCUGUUUGCCCACUUGGACGAGAGCGAGCGAUCCGAUAUAUUUGAUGCCAUGUUCCCUGUGAAUCACAUUGCCGGCGAGAAUAUCAUCCAGCAGGGCGAUGAAGGCGACAACUUUUACGUGAUUGAUGUGGGAGAGGUCGAUGUUUUCGUCAACUCCGAACUGGUGACCACCAUCAGCGAGGGCGGAAGCUUUGGUGAACUGGCCCUCAUCUACGGCACUCCUCGCGCCGCCACCGUGCGUGCCAAAACCGAUGUGAAGCUGUGGGGCAUUGACCGCGACUCCUACCGCCGCAUCCUUAUGGGCUCGACCAUCCGCAAGCGCAAAAUGUAUGAGGAGUUUUUGUCGCGUGUGUCAAUUCUGGAGAGCCUGGACAAAUGGGAGCGCCUCACAGUGGCCGAUUCUCUGGAGACGUGCUCCUUCGAUGACGGUGAGACGAUUGUCAAGCAGGGAGCCGCUGGCGAUGAUUUCUACAUCAUCCUUGAGGGCUGUGCGGUGGUGCUGCAACAGCGUUCUGAGCAGGGCGAGGAUCCCGCCGAGGUGGGCCGUCUGGGUAGCAGCGAUUACUUUGGCGAGAUUGCUCUGCUUUUGGACCGACCACGUGCGGCGACUGUUGUGGCUCGCGGGCCGCUCAAGUGCGUCAAACUGGACCGGGCGAGAUUUGAACGCGUUUUGGGACCCUGCGCCGACAUACUCAAACGCAACAUCACGCAGUACAACAGUUUCGUAUCGUUGUCCGUUUAAGGCCGCCACAACGACAACUACCCCUACAACAAAUCAACAAUAAAAAGCAGCAGCAGCAAAGAAAGCAACAACAACCGACAAAACAAACAGAAACAACAACGCAGCGAACGUGGAAAACCAACAUGAAGACGAUGGGAAAUAGUUGGAUAGAUAAAUAGAAAACAAAACAAGCGCUCAGCAGCAUAAACAUGAAGUCGUAAACUAUAUAAGUGUGUAAAAUUAAUUGUCACAGAGCCAUUGGAUUCUCGAUUCUGUCGCAGAUCCAGAGUGCACGGGGGCUUAGGGCCAACAAAUAUUAAUUAUCCGAUUCUGUAUGUUGUGCUGAAGUUAUAUAAUAGUGUAUGUGUGUGUCUCUGCGUGAAGGUUACGGCGGGAUGUUCCACACCCCGCAACCCCCGAUAACGGAGAUAGCUUUCCCCAGAUUCAUCUAUUUAAUUCUCUCAACUUCUUUCAAGUUCUUCGGCUAUUUAGAAAAAGAAAGCUCAUUUGUAUAAUCUAUGGGACAUGCUGCCUCCUGAAAAAAAUUUCAUUAAAUAUCCAACAGACAUCUGAAUGUUUUUUAAAAGAAAAGUAAA